CUCCGCCGCCAUGAGCUACAGCGCGGAGCCGGCGGCGCUGGCCGCCUCCUACCGCCCCCUCUUUGCCCAGGGCCCGCGGCGGGGCCGCCCGGGCGCGGAGCCCGGGCCGGGGUGGGAGCGCAGCGCCGAGCCGCGGCGGGCGCGGACCAGCGAAAAGGAGCAGCUGCAGGGCCUCAACGAGCGCUUCGCCGGCUACAUCGAGCGGGUGCGGGCGCUGGAGGAGCGGAACCGGGCGCUGGCGGCGGAGCUGGCGGCGCUGCGGCAGCGGGCGGACGAGCCGCGCCGGCUGGGCCAGCUGCUGGGAGGGGAGCUGCGCGCCCUGCGCGCCCGGCUGGAGGAGGCGCACGGCGAGCGGGCGCAGGCUGCGCUGGAGCGGGCGCGCCUGGCCGAGGAGACGCAGCGGCUGCGGGCGCGCUGCGAGGAAGAGGCGCGGAGCCGCGCCGAGGCGGAGCAGGCGCUGAGAGCCCGGCAGCAGGCGGCCGAGGGAGCCGCCCGCGCCCGCGCAGACCUGGAGCGGCGGGCGGCGGUGCUGCAGGAGGAGCUGGCGGCCCAGCGCAGUGCCCAUGCCGAGCAGCUGGCCCAGCUGGACGCCGAGCUCCGCGCCGCCGCCCCCACGGCCCCGACCCCGGCGGGGCGGCCCGACUUGGCGGCAGCGCUGCGGGAUCUGCGGGCCCAGUACGAGGCACUGGCGGCCCGCAACCUGCAGGCAGCCGAAGACUGGUACCGCGCCCGCUGCGCCCGCCUCCACGAGCGGGCGGCCCGCAGCCAGGAGGCCGUCCGCGCCAGCCGCCGGGAAGCCGGCGAGUGCCGCCGCCAGCUCCAGGCCCGUCUGGCGGAGAUGGAGAGCCUGCGCGGUGCCCACCAGUCUCUGGAGAGGCAGCUGCAGGAGCUGGAGGAGCGGCACAGCGCCGAGGCCGCCGGCCUGCAGGACACCAUUGGGCAGCUGGAGGAUGACCUGCGAAACACCAAAACCGAGAUGGCUCGGCACUUGAGGGAGUACCAAGACCUGCUCAAUGUCAAGAUGGCCCUCGAUAUUGAGAUAGCUGCCUACAGGAAGCUGCUGGAGGGAGAGGAGACCCUCUUCAGCACGGGAAGCAGCGGCCUUUCUGCGCUCAAUCCCCUCCCCAACCCCACUUACUCCUUCCAGCCAAGGGGCUUUAGUUCUAGUCUGUCCUUCAAGGAGGAGGAGCAAGGAGAGGUUUUUAAAGUGACCUCUAAAAUAUCAUCUAGCCAGGCUGAGAUGAUUGAGGGGACCAUAACCUCUGUCAAGAAAAGAGGGAGAUUAAACCUGCAUGAAGGAAUCCUUGCAAAUGCAAAAAUGUAACUGUCGGGACCCUGUCCAUUUUGCAUUUGAGGGGGAACAGUCUCCACUCGGCCUUUGAAUAGCACAAAGCCAUGCUGGGCUCACAGGAAGCCCCUGUUAGAAACACAUAAUCCCCACUAGGGAAACUGACAAGGCUGGUUUCCUCAUGGGUCUCACCAUGCAGAGGCCGAGCUUGGCACAUUGCUCCCUUUUAAAUGGGGGAGAGGCACAGGCAGGUAGUGAGGUGUGUGGUCGACAGUGGACUUGUAGCACCCACCAUCCCUCCCUCCCUGCUCCCACAGUGGGCAAGGGGGAGCUGGCUGGAACCACUGCUCAGCUGGCUCUCGGGAGACAGGGGCGGGGGGAAACAAAAAUUAACACGUUUGUUACACCUAGUUUUGAGGCUAUAGACCUUCACCCACUAUCCAAAUUCACAUAAAUUUAAGCUCUUUCCCACUCCUCAAGAUGUAGCUGUCCAUUCUUAAUCCCAGAAGCACAGAAAUAGCCAUACUGGUCUGUAACCACACCUGACAUCUGGUCUAUGAGCCACUUAAGUUGUAAAGUGUAAGGAAUAUUAUUGGGUUUUUUUUGUUCUGAUAAUGUGGUCUGUUUUUUUGGCAGCAUUAGUCCAGCUGGGUGCAUGGGGUUUGCUAGCAGCAGGUGCAGGGCAGGAAACUGGUAGACUGGAGGUGAAGGUACCCCCAUGCCACGGAACCUCAUCUGGUAUCACUGGCUCCAAAACGUUGGGGUCUGCAGGGCCCCUUGUUUGGCUUCAGGGUUGUCACAUGAAAACCCCACGCUCACAGUAGCAUCAUGCCCCAGCCGGCACUGGGAAGAUGCAGGACUCCUGAACACCAGCCUGCAAAGUAUUCUUGUCUCUGCUCUGUUAUAACAUGUGCCAAAUUUGAUAUAGGAUUUACAACCAUAGGUUUCUUUCAAUGCCUUAAAAUUGCCAGCAAUCGCUUUUGCAAGAGCUGGAGACUCAACCUGUGUGUGUGUUGCAUGUCAGUGCCCUGGCAAGGUUAUCAUCACAAGACCUCACUGCAGUACCAGAGUAGUUCCUGGAACCAACAAAUUGUUUGCUCGCACUCUUUCCUCUUCUAUUGUAAGGCACAAGUUAAUAAAAAUAGUUACAUGAAUCAAA